GGCGGCGGGAGCCGCUGUGGGUGCGCCAUGGCCAAGUGGGGACAGGGGGACCCGCGGUGGAUCGUGGAGGAGCGCGCGGACGGCACCAACGUCAACAACUGGCACUGGACGGAGCGGGACGCGACCAGCUGGUCCAAGAGCAAGCUGAAGGAGGUGCUGGUGGGGCUGGUGGUGGAGGGCGAGGCCGGGCGCUGCGAGAUCAGCGACCUGAAGCACGUGGAAGGCGAAGCGUCCUGCAACAGCCGCAAGGGGAAACUCAUCUUCUUCUACGAGUGGAACCUGCGCCUCAGCUGGAGAGGUACAGUGAAAGAGUCUGGUGAGAAACAUAAGGGAUCUCUUGAAAUUCCUAACCUGUCAGAAGAAAAUGAGGUAGAUGAUACAGAGAUAAAUGUUAGCAAAAAGAAAGGGGAAGGCGAUGUCCUGAAGGAUCUGAUGAGAACUGAAGGAACCACAAAAGUCAGAGAGGCCUUGAGAGAUUAUCUGAAAGCACUUAAAACAGAGUUUACCUUGGGAAUGAUUCUGCCAACAAAAGCUACUGGUGGUCAGGAGCUGGCCACUGAGCGAAAACUAAGUGGGCACACCAUGCAAGAUUCUGUUUCACCACAGGAUAUAGUUGGUGUAAAAAUCCCAACAGUGAAGAUACUUAUGAGAGAAAUCUUCAACUCUCCAGCAGAUGAACUUUACAGCAUCUUCACAACUAAGGAACUGGUACAGAAGUUUUCUAAGUGCCCUGCUGUGAUUGAAGCCGAGAAAGGAGGCAGACUUCAGAUGUUUGAUGGCUCUGUCAGCGGUGAAUACACAGAACUGGUGCCAAGCCAAAGAAUUGUCCUGAAGUGGAGGUGUAGAAGCUGGCCCGAUGAACAUUAUGCAGUGGUUGCCUUGAGUUUCAAGGAUAUGGCUGCUCAAACAGAACUGCAGGUAGAGUGCAAAGGAGUUCCCGUCUCUAGUGAAGACAGCACAAGGCAAUGCUGGAAGCAGCAGUAUUUUGAAGAAAUCCAUGUUUUACUCCAGCAGUCCAAAGACACCAUGGAAUGAUGCCAGCUCCGUCGUUUUGUUAGGGCAUUACUUUUUAUACUUUGUUAACAUUUGUUUUUUUUUAAAAGAAGUAAUUUAUUUGUGGGAGGAAUAAAGACCCAUGUCUGAUACUGUAUAUAAUUUCAGCAUUAUUUAUGGAUUUUUAGUGAAUGAGGAGGCACGUAAUGCAGACUCUAGCUAUAAACAGCUUUACUGGGGGAAACCGAUCUCUCUUCUGCUUGCUUGCAACUAAAUCUAAAGUAGUAACGAUUCAGCUGCAGUGAAGCACCAUCAUAGGUAGGUAAGUGACAUGAAUCAGUAGGAAGCAUUUGCUGUUCUUUAAUAUUCAGUGUAUCCAGUGGAAAACCUAAAUCCCUCAAGGACACAGGGUUCCCAUCAGAGGUGAACUAAAAAAGGGAUUAUAAAACUGUUGAUACAUUAAAUCUUAUAAGAAAUGGGAGGGAUUUCACUUACAGCAUCUUUAAAUACUUCUUAAAAUGGCUUUAACUGCAAACUGAAUUUGUUUCUAACUCUGUAGCCAAUUUUAGGGAAAGAUCAUUACCAGCCCGUGUUCUGGGUGGUACAACAGUUACCACUGGUAAGCCUGCAUGCGCUUACUUGACCUCAGCCUGAAAUUCCCUUUUGGAAGAAAGUAAUAACGCUUUCUCUUUGCAAUCCUGUGCCCCUUCCCCUCCAGUCAUUUAUGGGCCUCUGCAGUGCUGUGGCUCAGAUUCAAGUGAGCAACUGUUUGUUGGAGAAACGUGACAGGAGCAAAGCUGGGCUGUUGAAGGUAAAGAACUGUUACUCUUACGUUGAGGUUAGCAAGGAGAACUUCAGUGUUUUAUAAAAAGUGUAUGAAUUAAGUAUGCAAUUUGAAACAAACUGACCAAAAAAAAAGGGCAAAAUGCCUUUGGAAAAUGUGGUUGACUCAAUAAAAGGUUAUUUUACAUGCA